UGGAUGGACCGAGGGCAGGCCCGGGGGAGGUCGGGUGACGCGCCCUCCGGUCCAGAGCCGGGAAUGAACGGGAGGGCGUUGCAGACCCCCCGGGUCAGCCUCACCUAACCACCGGCAGACUCCGGAACCACGCCGGGAAAAGCCGAGAGCCCCGGGCUGGGGGUUCACGCCUGUGACCCCAGCUACUCCCGAGGCCGAGGCUCCGGAAACAGGGGGAAGUGCAGCGGGAGCGCCAGUGGUAGAGCGCCAGCCUUGAGCCAGACAAGCUCUCAGGGACAGUGCCCAGGCCCUGAGUUCAAGGGUUCAAGCCCAGGGCCAGAACAACGACCACAAAAGAAGAAGCAGCAGCGAACAGCUGAGGUCCCCGAGCAUCCUGAUGUCUUAUGACCAUGUGGAGCUCACAUUCAAUGACAUGAAGAACAUACCAGAGGCUUUCAAAGGGACCAAGAAGGGCACCGUCUACCUUACCCCUUACCGGAUCAUCUUUCUGUCCAAGGGGAAGGAUGCCAUGCAGUCCUUCAUGAUGCCAUUUUAUCUGAUGAAGGACUGUGAGAUCAAGCAGCCUGUAUUUGGUGCAAACUACAUCAAGGGAAUGGUGAAGGCCGAAGCAGGAGGUGGCUGGGAAGGCUCCGCUUCCUACAAAUUGACCUUCACGGCAGGGGGCGCCAUUGAGUUUGGACAGCGGAUGCUGCAGGUGGCCUCUCAAGCUUCCAGAGGUGAAGCCCCCAAUGGAGCCUAUGGGUACCCUUACAUGCCCAGCGGGGCCUAUGUCUUUCCCCCACCAGUCGCCAAUGGAAUGUACCCCUGCCCUCCUGGCUACCCCUAUCCACCGCCCCCACCUGAGUUCUACCCAGGACCUCCCAUGAUGGAUGGAGCCAUGGGCUAUGUGCAGCCCCCGCCUCCACCCUAUCCCGGGCCCAUGGAGCCUCCGGUCAGCGGCCCUGAUGUCCCUUCCACUCCAGCAGCGGAGGCCAAGGCUGCAGAAGCGGCUGCCAGCGCCUAUUACAACCCAGGCAACCCACACAACGUCUACAUGCCCACGAGCCAGCCUCCACCCCCACCUUAUUACCCCCCAGAAGACAAGAAGACGCAGUAGACCCCGCCUACCUCCCUGCCUCUCUUCUUGGGGGCGGGGGAGGGGAGGCCUACAGGGCCAUUCUUCCCCAUCUGAUCAUAAACAGUUAACC